CUGAAGUCAGCUCUAUUUGGUUUUUCAUGAUGGCAUAAACAUUAUACGGAAACGUACAUGAAACCGCAAACGCCGAGCUGGUGCACUGUUGCAACCGACGAGGACGUCCGCCCGCGCCGCCCAAUCGAUAUUACCACUCGGCGAGGGAAAACGUAGCGUGGAAACUCAGCAACGCGGCGCCGCCAUUGAGAAAGCACAGAAAGAAAAGCGUGUGCUCCCGCAAACAACAAGAAAAAAUCAACGAAAAGGGAGUGGAGUGAGGGGAAAACCGAUUUGAGGUCGCCGGAUGUGAAAAUGUCGCAAGCAGCUGGAGGAAUUACCACUGAAAUGGAGGAGUCAACAACAGGCAAACCGCCGGAGGAUCUCCAGGACAAUGACACCAACAGUCUGGAGCCGGGCGAAGUAGUGACCCCGCCCCAUGAUGAUUCUGAAAGCCCCGCAAUAAAGAAGCAUCUUUCCAAUGACUUGGUAAUAAGCAAAACGCUAAGAAAGUUAUCAGGUUGUAUACAGGAACAGUCUCGCAAGGAGAACGGCUCUUUGGGUACACCAAAAAAACAAACCGAAGAGGCUGACGAUAGUGAAGGUCUUUAUUCGGAAUCGGAUUCCUCUGGGGAAGAUCUCAAGAAUGUGGAAGAUGUGCAAAAGGCUAGGAAGGAAAAGCAGGAAGAGGCUGCCGCGGCGUCCCUUCCUCAAGCCCCACCAACCCCUUUUGUAGGUAUUAAUCCACUUAGAUUUCACAUGAGAGCCCCUUGCUUUGACUUCCCCCGCAUGGGCUUCAUGCCCCGAAUGGGCAGAGGUGGACCAAGAGGCAUGAGACCUCCUUUCUUUGGGUGCCCGCCCAUGCAAAAUCAUGUGGGAGCACCCAUGAUUGGUGGUUUGCCAACUAAAGGACCUCCGACGGGAGGCUAUGGACCACAGAACUCGUUAGGACCUGUAAGUAACAGCAGUUCAGAUCGCCCCAAGAUACCCCAAUCAGAAGUUGUGUGGACAGCCCUACAACCGCCAGUGUCUUUUGUUUUCAAUCUGGUUUCCGGGUGCUCUAGUUCAAAGCAUGAUAAUUGUGGGAGUAAAGUAGAAAAUGCUGUUAACAAAUCCAAAGGAGACCCUAGCGAAACAACGGAUAAGUCCAUUAAACAGUUAACUGAAUUGGAUCGAUCCAGGGGCAAAACCAGGGAUAAGUCCCAGCACAGCGAUGGGAAAAGCAUAGAUAGAGGAAAAGCUAAAGAAAGAUCUGCGGACAGGAAUGAAACCCGACGGAAAACUAGGGAGCGAUCAAAGGAAAGGGAUUCAAUCAGAGGAAAGAGGAGUGAAAAGUCCAGGGACAAGGACUCAAAUAAAGUAAAAACCAGAGAAAAGUCGAGAGAAAAAGAUUUAGUUCGAGGAAAAACUAGGGAACGAUCACAAGAAAAGAAUAAGACAAGAGAAAAACCGAGGAAUACAUCCAUGGAAAAAGAUCAAGCUGGAGGUGAAACUAGGACGUUUGAAAGGAGAAAAUCCCGAGGCAAAACAAAAGACCGAUCCAGGGAGAGAGAUAGAACUAGGGCGAAAACACCUCAAAUAUCACAAGCCAGAGAUCAAACCGGGCGAAGGACAAAGGACAGAGACCCCAUCAGAGCAAAAUCAAAGAAAAGGUCCAGAUCCAGAGAGAUACGUCGAGAAAAGCUAGACGAAAAAGAUAAGAAGCGAGACUUAUCUAAGGAGAAAUCGAAAGAUAAAUCGAAUAAUCAUACAGAGAAAUCUAGGGAUAACUAUAAGGAAACGCACGAGGAACACCGGAACCAAAGGCAUCGCGAAGGAUCCAAAGAAAAAGGCAGAAAACUAUCUAAGGAAAGAUCGGAAGUAAAGCAAAAUACGAAUGUACUAGAAAAUGCAAAGGAAAGGGAAGCUGAUCGUAAAAAAGACCUGUCUGGUCAAUUAGACGAAUCAUUUGACGAUGGUUCACAAGGGAACCGAUCUAGAGAAAAAUCGACAACGAAGCGCUCAAAAGAAAGCGGCACUGAAAAAUAUAGGGAGCAUUCAAGGGAAAAACCCAAGGAAAGGACGGAUGAAAAAGGCAAGAACCUUUCAAAAGAUAAUGAUUUUAAAAGUCUCACGGAAAAGGGUUUGGAGGGGUCCAGAAGAGCGCAUGAUAACACCAACAAAAAUGCCGUCGAUAUAGACAACUCGAAGAAAAAGAGUCAGGUGCCUUCCUCUUGGGAUACCAGAGAAGGAACACCACCAACGACGCCGCCCCAAAGUGAACUCUAUCAAACUCCAACUAAUGAAACCUCGAAACCCAAGGGUUACGAUAUAUUCGCUGAAUCACCUCCAAGACCAAACACUGCCGUUACACUACCAGCUGCACUUAUCGAAAGGAGUAAUACGCCCCCAUUAAAAGCUAGCCCAGUUGCAGUUCCUAUUGCUAAAACAUUAAAGUCCAAAAAAAUGGAUCCACUGCUUAAGGCCAGCGAGAUUCACAGUAGAAUUGGCGCCCUGCUUGAUGAUAGUGAUUUACAUUUGGAGGCCUUAUUGGCUACCAAGGAGCAGCUGUUACGAAGGACGAAUGAACACAAGGAAAGAAAAGUGGCGCCGAAGGAGAUAAAAACUGAGUAUCUGUCAAAUUCUAGCUAUAGCAGAUCUGAUGUUAGUAGGGCAGAGGUGGAUCAUCACAAAACUCAACCAAGACAUCAAAAUCCGUUCAAGCGUGAAUCAGUAUUAAGCGGGAGAAAAUCUCACUCGCGUCCCUCAAGCAAGGAGAGGCGUCUUCAAAGAAGAGACAGUGAAAGUGAAGAGGAUUGGGACAAAGAAUUGGAACGAGAGCGAGAUCAAUCAAUUAGUCAUCAAAGUCGCUAUGAUGAGUACAAAGAAAUCAGCAUAAAAAUUGAAAAGGAUCUUACGCCUCCUUCUCAACCAUCAGCCUUUUCUCUGACCACCAUCAAAAUUGAACGCAAUGCCACGCCCCCCCGGUCAGCAGAGCAAGAGGUGCUAGUGAGAAAUGGUGCAGUGGCAGCCAAUGCCCCGCCACCAUCUUCAGAGCAGGAAAGUCCUGAUACCGAUGACUACAUUGACAACUGGGAAAACGACGACUCCAUGGCCAGUAUGCCGAAGAACGCCCCUCCUGCCACUCCAACACCUGCUCCCAACCCCAAAAAGCUUCUCCCACCACCAGCUACUCAAUUUAAUGACGAUGAUGAUGAUGAGGACUCGAAUGCCUUGUGGAAUGCCAAUAGCACGCCACCUCCUCGAGCGAAAGAAUCGAACCUGCCAACAAGCAAUAUCCAUGAGUUAUAUGAUAAAUUCAUGAAUAUAAUUAAAAUGUCUAACGAUGAUAAGGAGCAAGAACCAUUAGACACGUCUAAGAACAGUUCAUUAAGUAAUUCCACUGCCGAAGAAAGUUCCUCGGGUACAGAGACAUCCUCAACAAGUAGCAGUAGUAGCGGAAGCGAGGAGGAUUCCAGUUCCGAAGACGAUGAUGCCAAUGAAAGCGCCUCGGAUGAGGAAUCCCUCGCGGCAUCAGGUAAUUCCAAUACAAACCAAGAUGAUAACCUUGGCAAAGAACAGCAGCAAAAGAAGAACAAUGUUAGCAAAGAUCUACGAAAACUGAAAAGCCUCGAAGACAAUCUGGCCAGGAUUCAGAUGAUGCGUGAAAACUACGAUGCUGGUGAUGAGAUAUCCGAGGAAUUGCUCAAAAUGGAAUCCCUUUUCCUUAUGCAGCGAAAUGCAAUAAUGGAUAAGUAUCGCAAACAAGAACUGAAGAGUAGUGCAGGUGAAGAUCAACAGUCAAUGGAUCAACAAGAACAUGUGCAGCAAAAAGUGGAAGUUCAACAGUCUACCUUACCUGUGAACAAUAUAUUCAAUGCCAACCGGGAGGCUAUUAAGCUUACAAUUUCGCCUUUAAAACUAACAAGGAAAUCGGCAAUAUUUGACAAGGAUGAACCAGACCAACCGGAAACAUCCAAACUUGCGUUGGAGCCUCCUCAGGCACCUCUGAAAAAGCCACCAAAGGAGAUUGCCAUCGUGAAACCCACCAUAGUCAAGUCCCGGUCGAAGUCUAGGUCAUUGAGGAGUCCACCGCCGCCAGAAGUAAAUCGUCGGAGGUCUCGUUCGCGUUCAAUAUCCAGAAAUAGAGCCCGCCGUCGUGGUUCGAGAGGCAAGUCUCGUUCUCCUAGCCCCAGACGUUGGCGCCCUCCAUCGCCGAGAAGAGGUUCAAGAUACACCAAGAGAGCAGAAACAGCCGGAGGAACUAAAAUAGGAAGAAGUCACAGCAGGAGUCUAUCUAGAAGUCGAACACGCAGUAGGAGUCCAAGUAGACGAAGACGUCCACCACCAAUAGUUGGAAAUAGAAAACGAAAUUCGUUGUCUCCUAUCCCAUCUAAAACGGCUGGACCUCGGUCACCGCCUCCUUCCCGCAUGCGUCGUUCACUUAGUCGCGACAGGGAUCGUGAAAGGGAACGCGAACGCUUCUCCCGAUCCCGUUCACCACUGCCCUUCAAACCACCAUCGCCGCCAAUGCGACGCAGUUGGUCCAAGACACGAUCACCAACUAGAAGGAGAUCGUUUUCCCGGUCUAGAUCUCGCUCUAUAUCUCCCAGAUCUUGCUUACCCGCAGACGUAGGCUUCAUGAACUAUUUCGAGGAGAACCAGGAUAUGGAAGCCGCUGCUUACUACUACAACAUGUCUUUGAUGCAGCAGGAGAAUCAGGAUAUGGGUGAUGGCUAUGAUGCAUAUGCCGCCUACAUGGACUCUGCAUACAACAUGGAGCAAGCUUAUGCACAGUACUCCGAAGAUUAUUACAAUUAUGGUGAAUAUAUGGGUGAAGUUGCUUCUUCACCUCAGCCAACUGGAUCGGUUCUCAGGGAACUUCCAAUGGCACCAACGGUGCCCUUGGAAACGUAUAUGCCUAUGGCAUCUACGGGUACAAUGCCAACGAUGGCAUCGGUGAUGCCGGUGGCUGUCCAAAAGGGAAACGUUUUGGAGAUAGUGCCCUCCAGCGAGGAAAUUAUAAAAACGGAGGAUAACACACUGCCAGCUCCAACAGAAGAGCCAAUGGAGGACACAAGUAAACCUAAGCGGAAGAGCGUUAAUUUCGUGGAUAACGUGCUGCCCACUUACGAGAGCGACAACGAAGAUCGCGUCGUCGUUGGAAUGGCUGUGGAGCGCGCCCUACGAAAAUAUCAGGAGCGACGCUCCCAAGCCGCAGCCAAGCUACAACAAGUUCGAGAAGAAUUGCUUGCAUUGCCUCCGCCACCGCCGCCUCUGACGCCGAAGCCAGCCAAUCUAGAGAAACCUGUAUUGGUACAGAAAAAACCUAAGAUGCGAUACUUCCAUUUUGAUCCUUUCAAAUGUGCAAUAGUGAAGACGCACACAAGAAUACUACGCCCGCCAUUCGAUCCAAAGCAUUUUGCAAUGCUGAUGAAGACCGGCCGUUUGCCACAGAUUCCGGUCGGAUUCUUACGCCACCGCCCGCCAAUAAUUCCUGCACAUGUGGAUCCCGCAACGAGGGCAGCAAUCCUCAAAGAUUUCUUCAGCAAACAUCCACCGCCGCCGCUAUCUAUGCCCAUGUCUUUGUCGAAUGGAAUACCCAAUUACCUGAGUGCGCCGCCGCCAAUGCCAAGUGGAGCUGUUCUUUCUCCUGUACCUAUUAAUGUGCUGCCGCAGCCCAUUCCCGUUUUGGAUGGAAGUGGUUAUCAGAGUUACCCUCAGCCGGUUGCCAUGGUACCAUCGCCAGUUCCGGUCCCUAUUCCUCUACCAGUGCCGCUACCUGUGCCCGUGCCUGUUCCAACUAAUCCUACGCCACCUCCUGCAACGAUAGCUCCUUAUUUCACACCACCACCUCUGCCCGAUCUGCCAUCUUUAUCGGAACUGUCAUCUCAAUUCAAUGUAAAUUCGGUGCCCAAUAUUACGGAAAUAAUGCCAGUGGAUAUACUGCAGAAAUUGGGACCACUGCCAAAAACGUUAGAUGUAGAUGAUGGAGGAGAAGAAGCUAGUCCGGAAGAUGCCGGUAACGAUCUCAAGGAGGCUGAAGCAGAUUCAGGCGAACAACCAAUGGUGGAUGUUAAGCCGCAGCUCCUUGUCGAGACCCAGUAGUAGAUCCAUCUUUGCAUAGUUUGAUUCUUUAGCCAAUAGAUUUGUUUAGAUAAUUCUCUUAAGUCAUAAACACGGAAACCCUGUACCCUUACUUUAAGUUUUACUUCUUAAAAGGCUUGCUUUUAAAUUUUUUUAAUUGACCAUUUUGUAAACAAAUUGCAUUUAUUGAUAGAAGUCUUUUUAGGUUUACUGAGCUCUAAGUUUAUGUCAUUUAUACACGGUUCGACUUUGGUCAAGAUCAUUGAUUUCUGAAAGAAAAUAAAAUUGUAAAUAGUUCAGUGUGUUUAAGAAUUAAACAUGAAUUACCAUUCGGCAUAGAGAUUGAAAAACAUUAUAAAUAUAUAUAUGAGUCAUUUAUUAUAACGAAAUUCAUAACGAGUUAAUCUAGCAUUAAGCCCUCAUAAGUCGAAUGUAUGUGAGAUUUUUAUAGUGUGGUGUGAAACUAUAAGGCUUUGUGUGAAUGUUAUCGUACAAAAUGCAGAAAAAUGAAAUAAAAACUACGUAUAUGCGUUAAAA